AUGACCAACGAUAUUCGUUACGACGGAAGAGUAGCUAUUGUUACUGGUGCUGGUGGAGGUCUUGGUAAGGCCUAUGCCCUUUUCUUUGCCAACCGUGGUGCCAGCGUUGUUGUGAACGAUCUUGGUGUCUCUGCCACUGGUGAUGGUUCCAGCUCCAAGGCUGCUGACAUUGUUGUUGACGAAAUCCAAAAGUUGGGUGGUAAAGCAGUAGCCAACUACAACUCUGUUGAGGAUGGUGACAAGAUUGUCGAUACAGCCAUGAAGGCAUUUGGACGCGUGGACAUCAUUAUCAACAAUGCCGGUAUCCUUCGUGAUAAAUCAUUUGCUAGAAUUACAGACUCUGAUUGGGAUCUCAUCAUGGCUGUCCAUGUCAAGGGCUCUUAUGCUGUUACCAAGGCUGCUUGGCCCAUCAUGAAAAAGCAAAAGUACGGUCGUAUCAUCAUGACUGCAUCUGCUGCUGGUUUGUAUGGUAACUUUGGCCAAGCCAACUACAGUGCUGCUAAGCUCGCUCUUGCCAGUUUCAGUAACUCUUUGGCCAAGGAGGGAGCCAAGGAUAACAUUCACUGUAACACAAUUGCCCCCAUGGCUGCUUCUAGAAUGUAA